GGUAACAGUGUGCUGCUGACAGUAUGGCCGCGUCCAACAGAGUUAUUCUGGGACCUCUGGUGGGAGCCAUUGACCAAGGAACGAGUUCGACACGAUUUCUGGUUUUUAAUGCAAAAACAGCAGAACUGCUAAGCCACCAUCAAGUAGAAAUCAAACAAAAGUUUCCAAAAGAAGGAUGGGUAGAGCAAGAUCCAAAGGAAAUUUUACGGUCUGUUUAUGAAUGUGUAGAGAAGACGUGUGAGAAGCUGACCCAACUAAACAUUGACAUCACAAAUAUCAAAGCAAUUGGAGUCAGUAACCAAAGGGAAACAACUGUGGUGUGGGACAAGACAACAGGAGAGCCUCUGUACAAUGCUAUUGUUUGGCUAGAUUUGAGAACACAAUCAACUGUAGAACGACUUUUAAAAAGAAUUCCAGGCAAAAAUAAGAAUUUUUUCAAGAGUCGGACUGGUCUUCCACUUAGCACUUACUUCAGUGCAGUGAAAAUUCGAUGGCUUCUAGACAAUGUGGAAGAGAUUAGACAUGCUGUUUCAGAGGGAAGAGCAAUGUUUGGAACAGUUGAUUCCUGGAUCAUUUGGAGUCUUACUGGUGCAAAGAAUGGAGGGGUGCAUUGUACAGAUGUGACCAAUGCCAGCAGAACAAUGCUGUUUAAUAUUCAUACAUUGGAAUGGGACACAGAGCUCUGCCAGUUUUUUGAUAUACCUAUGGAAUUAUUGCCAAAAGUGAGAAGUUCAUCAGAGAUCUACGGUCUUAUGAAAAUCUGUCCUAGCCUGAAGUCUGGAGCUUUGACUGGAGUUCCAAUAUCUGGGUGUUUAGGAGACCAGUCAGCUGCUUUAGUAGGACAAAUGUGUUUCCAAGAUGGACAAGCUAAAAAUACAUAUGGUACAGGCUGCUUUUUGCUGUGCAACACAGGCUCAAAGCCUGUGCUCUCUGACCAUGGCCUUUUGACAACUGUUGCUUACAAGCUAGGAAGGGAUACACCUGCAUGUUAUGCCCUCGAGGGUUCAGUUGCCAUAGCAGGAGCAGUAGUACGCUGGUUGAGAGACAAUCUUGGAAUUGUGAAGACUACUGAGGAAGUAGAAAAACUCGCUGCUGAAGUUGGGACGUCAUAUGGCUGCUACUUUGUUCCUGCAUUUUCAGGUUUAUACGCUCCCUAUUGGGAGCCGAGUGCCAGAGGUAUCAUCUGUGGCCUCACCCAGUUUACAAACAGAAACCAUAUUGCAUUUGCUGCUCUUGAAGCUGUGUGUUUCCAGACUAGAGAGAUUCUGGAUGCUAUGAACCAAGAUUGUGGCAUUCCUCUCAAUCAACUUCAGGUUGAUGGGGGUAUGACAAGCAACAAAAUCCUAAUGCAGUUGCAGGCUGAUAUACUGUGCAUUCCAGUAGUGAAACCAUCCAUGCCUGAAACAACUGCACUGGGUGCUGCUAUGGCUGCAGGCGCUGCUGAAGGUGUUGGCGUCUGGAGCCUAAAUCCUGGAGAUUUAACUGCUGUAACAUGUGAACGGUUUGAACCACAAAUCAACCCAGAAGAAAGUGAAUUUCGAUAUGCUAGAUGGAAAAAGGCAGUGUUGAAAUCAAUGGACUGGGAAUCAGCAGAGCCUACCUCCAAUGGAAAUGGUGACUGUAGUAUCUUCUGUAGUCUUCCUCUGGGGCUUUAUAUAGUGAGUAGCAUGGUAUUAUUAAUCGGAGCAAAGUACAUCUCAGGUCUUAAUAAAUAACCAUUCAUGGACGUCUGCUCUUUUUCGGCCACUGGUUUUAUUGAAUUCUUAUGUUGCCCAUAAGAAGAUAUAAAUUACUGCUGUGAACUGCUUCAUGACAGAUGGAAAAUGACGUGCAAGGGUAGAAUGACGGAAACCCGCCAUUUAAUUACACUGCUUCUCUGUCCAGUAAUCGGUGAGAAGGACAAUUCCUGUGCAACACUUGUCGCCAUGUUUGUGAACUGGAUGCUGCAACCAAUCUCUCUGCUGGUCAUAUGUUCCUGAAUCAUCCUUAACUAUGGGAAGGAAGAGGUUUUAAAUAAGUAGAUUGCUCAUUCAUGUCUUAAAAGGACUGACUUGCACUUUGGAGAUUAUAAAUCUCCUCAGAAUUAUUCAGUUACAUUUUUCAGAAAUGUAUUGAUAAAACAUGUACAGGGGUUUUUGAAGGUUUUUUUUCUUUUCAAUUUUAAAUGAAUGCACAUUUUGUUUAUAGUGAAAUCAAUUCUAACUUAAUUUUUUUUAAAUGCAAAGGGUAAAUAAUGAAAUUAAUUUUAUUUAAAGAAAGUCACCAUUUUUGUUGCGGUUCUUUUGCAUGCACCAUUUCUACUAUGCUCUGUGCUUACUGUUGUCUGUAGUCUUGUUAUUGGAGCGCCCAAUAGAAUUAGCACAGUGUUUCACCAAAAUAAUCUAUAAUACAAAUGAUCACAACCACUGGUUUUCUAAAGGAAUUCAAAGAAAUAUGUUUUUCAUACCUUGUUGCAGUCAUUCUUCACAAAUUCUCAAGGCUUUUUUCAAGUCCUUUUUAUUUCCUUUGUGGUAAUCAUGCAGAAAUCUUCUAUUAAAAAAAAUUUGGGGCA